AGGCAUUCAGCCUUUUAUUAUUCAGCCUUUUAUUAUUCACGCAGCACUCCUUCUCCAUAUUUUCUUCACAAUUUCUUUCCUCUGGCUGCAUCCAACACACACCUUGGUCCUUUCUUCUUCCACGCAGCCACCAACACCAUGUUCUUCUUCCUCUACUCCAUGCAAGCACCACAACCACCGGGAGCAAGCCACCAAAGGCAGCCACCACCUCCAUUCUCUUCAACCUUUUCUCAUCUCAAUUUCUAGCUUUUGAGUUAGAGGUUUGGAUCGAGUUGAGCUAAGGAAGGAAGAUUCAGAACAAGCUGUGAAGUUUCAGGAUAGAGGAGAAUUACCCAAGAAACAAGCUCCUAAGAAGACCAAAGCUGAGCCAAUUCCUCGACCAACUCCUCAAGCUUCUCCCCGAGUAACUUCUGCUACUGUCGAGAUUGAGGAUGACGAUGAUGAUGUUAGUCUGGCUGAUAAGCUCAAAGUGCCUAAGAGUCAAAAACGAGGGGCCACGCCCACCACCUCUGCAAGCCCGAAAAGGGCCAAAGGUGUUGGUGGGUCUGCUGUGAGCAAUCCUUCCCCGGCCAAGUCAACUAGCCAACAUGAAGAGAUCCAGCAAGGCGAUGAACAAGGUGGUGAUCAAUAGGCCUCCAGCCCUCUUCAAGACACUACACCUAUUCCUGUCGAGAUGGCUUCGGCCAAGAAGACCUCCAGGAAGAAGUCUAGUCAUAAGUUUGGCAGCUCCUCUUCUCGCCACUCUAAGAGUUCGACGAGUUCCAGUCCUCUCAAAGAAUCUGAUCCUAAGAGGGUUGGCAUGUCUAAAAUGGCUGUGCCUCGAGCCACAUGGUUUUCUUCUAAUCCCCUACCAGUUGUUCUGUCUAGCUCUUUGAGCAGUUUAGACUCUUCGAGCUCGAGUUUAGACUCUAAUGAGUCGGACCCUGUAUGGAACAAGUUGACAUUCUAUUUUAACUCGAAGCCAAUCGCUUGGCAGCACCCUGGUUGCGAACCUUAUUACACCAAAGAAUGUCGAGAUAAUCUUUCUAAUUUUCCUCCGCAGGAUACUCAGAACGUGUCUUCCCCUGUUCGUGAAGAAAGUGCGCCACAUGUCGAGGUUCAGAGUGGCGAAGGUCAAGUGGCCCCAAUCAUUCAGCCUGACCGGGUGAUUGGUGUUAUGCUUCCUCCAAAGGCUGAUGUUCUGGCCUCAACACAAUCUGAACCUUCUCCCCAGCAGCUUCAACGGGAUGUUAGGGUUGCUUUGCUUUCUCCUCAUGCCAAAGGAGGCUCGGUUUCUUCCAAGACAGCCGCUUCUUCCCACACUUCCAGUGAGAGGCUUAAUGCCCUUUUGGUCGAAGAUCCACUCACCAUUUUUCAGAGCUUCUUUGAUGGCACUCUGGAUCUCGAUUCUCCGCCACGUCAACCUGAAACUAUUGAGACUGCUCAAUCUAGCAGGGUAGUUGAUGCUGGCCAGAUUGAAGAAGCUUUAAGUAAACUGAAGGGGUUGAUCUUCGACGAAGGUUUCAUUGACAGUGUCCGGGCCAACCCUCAACCAGGCUAUGAUGUCAAAGAGCUGCUUACUUUCCUGUUGAGCCAACGACUUGACCAAGUUCAGGCAGAUGCUCUUGUCGAGCUUCAGACUUUCUUGGUUGACCUCUUGGCCACACUUGACAAGGCUAAUACUGUGGAGCAGCUCAUCUAGACCAAAAAGGAACAAGUGGCUUCUAACACCAAUGGGCUUUUGCCUGCAAAAGAUGAGAUUCUCAAGCUGACUGCUAGGAAAACUCUUAUAACGGCUGAGUUAUCAAGUGUUGAUACUCGACUGGAUGAGCUUCAGAGGGGAAUGGCAAGGCUCGAGAAGGAGAAGGCAACGCUGAUCGAAGAAGUUCCAGCUGUGAAUUCCCAGCUGAACACUCUGGCUGCUGAGUGUGCAAAUGUGAUGUUGUCGACAUCUCAACUCUCUAAGGAGGUCGUAGCGGAGCAAGGUGUGAAGCAAAGCUUGGAUGCCAGGAUUGCUGCUGCCGGGGUUCAACUUGAAGCUUUCAAGUCGAGGAUUUAGGACUCAUACUUUUUAUUCAUUGCCUUUGUAGUGGCCAUGUGUUUAUAUGGCCUUGUUGCCAAUGCUGUAAUGCCCAACUCGUAUGACUUUGUUUGACAAUGAAUUUCGUUUUAAUGACAUCGACAUGGUUUACCUUCUAAUUGAAUUUUUAUUGUCGAUUUCUCAUUAAAACAUUUCCUGCAUAGUACUUGUGAGUUUCAUACCAUUUAACUUGGCAUAUAAUCUAACCUUCCAUCUUCCAAACCAUUAAUCAACUUCUUGGAAAGUAGGGUAAUUUAUGACGCUCUUUUACCAAGUUUUUGUUCAAUGACUGAAGAACUUCCUUCACUCACGGUAGUGGCUGACGUGGCUUGCCGUGUUUGGUUAACGCUUUGGCAACUGCAUGCCAUGCAUUAAUGCGGCUGUUUGUUACAUUCCUAUUAUAAAUAAAGCCGUUUUUUACCUUUGUCUCAUCAGUAACUUCUCCUCUUUAUUCUCAUCUUCUUCCUGCUACUACCAUCUUCGUUUCUAAUUAUGUCUAGCAAACUUAUCCUCCAACGUAUCAGAGACAUGGCCUUUCAGCAUAACCUCUUCCAUGGCCUAUAUGAAUCUUCUUUUCGCCUUGUUGAACUUUUAGGGCUCAUUGAUCAACUGCUCCAACGGCCUAUCAUUGCCCGCGUUAGGGUCCCUCUUCAGGUGUUCCGGGGGCUACUCUUAGAAGCCAAGCCUUUGUUUGAAGAAUUCAGGGAGCUCUCAGUGAUGGUGUUUUUCCAGGACUAUCAAAUAGACGAGUUGGAAGGGAAGUUCAAUUCUCUCCAAGCCUCCUUAGGCCACCAAGACCCGGAAGGCCUCGUUUGACUGGCUGUCGAGAUAUCUGCGGUCUCUCUUGAAGACCUAGCCGCUCGUCAAAAGAAGGCUCGACUUGAGGGCCAGAUGGCGGCGCUGGUGGAUCGACUGGAACCUAUGCAAGCUAGAUAUGACGGAUAUAAAGCCAAUCUUCCGUUCUAGGCUUUUAAUUCCUUUUGUAUCUUGCCAUAUCUGUAAUGCUCUUCUUGAUUAAUGAAACAUUUCCAAUUUGGCAGUCUCGACCCUUACCUUUUAUUCGAUUUUGAUUUCAUGCAACAUUGGCUUAUACGCUUUUAGGUACUUGCCAUUUAUUGUAACGCCCUGACGUUGAUUGCUUAAUUCUUUAAUUACGUAGGCAUUAUUAGGUAGCGCUUUCUCGACUUUAAAUGGCCCUUCCCAAUUGGGGGCCCAUUUUCCGUAGGCCCUAUCUUUCUUAUCCAUUGGGAGAAUAACCUUCCAUACAUAGUCUCCUGUGACAAAAGAUCGAUUUCUAACCUUCUUGCUGUAUGCUUUGGCUAUGCGAUCCUUUUGCCUCGUUAAGACGUCUAGUGCCAAGUUCCUUUCUUCGUCGAGAUUUACUAAUUCAUCUAGCAUCAUGUUCCAAUAAACUUCACUGGGGAUUUCUUCUUGUUUUUGUAUUCUGCACGAUUGCAAAUAUACUUCUGCGGGUAGCACGGCUUCUUGGCCAUAGGUCAGCCGAAAAGGUGUUGUUCCUGUCGCCUCCCUUGGUGAAUUCCUGUAAGCCCAAAGGAUUUGGCUAAGAGACUCAUGCUAGCUUUUUGGUUUUCGACCCAAGUGCUUUUUAAUCAAGCUUAUUAGAGUUUUAUUGGUAGCCUCUACUUGGCCAUUCGCCUGAGCAUAGUAGAGGGUUGAGGUUAGAAGUUUUAUGCCCCAAGAUUCUGCGAAGGCUGCCACUUUUCAUCCUACGAACACUGUACCUUGGUCAGUUAUGAGUGACUCCGGCAGUCCAAAACGGUACACAAUGUGAUUCUGUAUGAAUUCGAUCAUCGUUUCUUGUGUCACGCUCUGUAGUGGAAUGGCUUCGACCCAUUUAGUAAAAUAGUCAAUUGCCACAAUUAUAUACCUGUGCUGCCUUGACGAGGCUGGGUGGAUCUCGCGAAUUAAAUCAAUUGCCUAUCCCCUGAAGGGCCAUGGCUUGAUAAUAGAAUGUAAUUCGCUGGCUGACACAUGUUGGAUUCCUGAAUGUUUUUGACAAUCUUGACAGCCUCUUGCAUAUUCGAUACAAUCCUUCAUGAUAGUUGGCCAAUACAUCCCUUGCCUAAAUAGUAUCCAUUUCAUCUUUGCCCCUGCUUGGUGAGCGCCGCAUAGGCCGUCGUGAGCAGCUGAUACGACUAUGAAAGCGUCGUCUUCGCUUAAGCAUUUUAACAACAUGCCGUCGACAUUCUUUUUGAACAAUUCAUUGCCUAUGAUGGUAUAACUUAGAGCCCUAUACUUGACUUUCCUGUCAGUUGACCCUACAGGAUUCUGCAAGUAUUCGACUAUUGGCUUUCUCCAAUCAUUAGGGGUAAGGUUAUCGAUGGCCAUAACGUCGAGAUCCAAAGGGCUAAAUUUUUCCUUGAUCCUAAUUAGCUCUUGCAAUUUUAAUUUAUCUAUCAUGUACCCAGAAGUAAUUUGUGCUAACUCAUUAGCUUCUUGAUUGCUUACCCUGGGUAUGUAGCUAAUUCCUGCUUGGUCGAAAUUGGCCAGUAAACUCAUGGCCUUUACGUAGUAUUUCGCCAAAUUCUCACUUACGCACUUAUAUUCCUUCGUAAGUUGCUUUACAACCAAUUCCGAAUCACCUUUAAUUUCGACGUUCUUUGCCCCCAAGGCCAACAAUAUUUCGAGGCCUGAGACUAAAGCCUCAUAUUCAGCUUCGUUAUUGGAGUAGCUUUCCCGAAUCCGAAACAUGAACUUAGUUGGGAUGCCUUGCGGAGACACUAUGAACAUACCAAUUCCUGAUCCUUCCUUAUGGCUUGAGCCGUCGAAAAACAACUUCCAUGGUUGCAAUCCUACAUAAGCUAUCUCUUCAGGCAAAGUGUGAUCUGCCAGGAAAUCAGCUACUGCUUGCCCCUUAAUUGCCUUUAAAGGGGCAUAAGUGAGUGAAUAUUCGGUUAAUGCUAAAGACCAUUUACCAAUUCGACUGUGUAAAAUAGGCUUGGAUAACAUGUGCUUUAUUAUAUCAAAGUGAGAAAAAACCAUUACAUCAAUUGGCUUUAUAUAAUAUUUCAGCUUGGUACAAGAAAAGUACAAACACAAACACAGUUUCUCGAUCAUAGUGUAUCGAGUUUCAGCAUCGUUUAACACACGACUUAAAUAAAAUAUGGCUCUAUCGAUGCCAUCUUCGUCUUCUUGUGCCAACAUGCUGCCAAUGGUUUCAUUUGUAGUUGAAAUAUACAACCUCAUUGGCUUCCCUUUUAUAGGAGGAAUCAUCACAGGAGGGUUUGCCAAAUAGGUUUUUAACUCAUCAAAUGCUUUUUGGUGUUCUGCUUCUCAGUGAAAAAUGUCUUCUCUCUUUAGUCGAAGAAGGGAUGAGAACGGCUUAGUUUUAUCACUAAGGUUAGCAAUAAACCUUCCGAGGAAAUUGACUUUGCCCAAAAGCGACUGUAGCUGCUUCUUGCUAGUUGGUGGACUUGUGUCGAGAAUGGCUUUGGCCUUGUUCUUGUUGAUUUCGAUGUCAUUCUUGUGCACCACAAAACCCAAAAAAUCACCUGCAAUUACACCAAAUGCACAUUUAAGAGGGUUCAUUUUUAAGCCAUGUAUCCUCAUUCUUUCGAAUGACUUCCUUAAGUGUGACAAGUGUUCAUCCCUAGAGGGGGACUUGACCACUAUAUCAUCAAUGUAAACCUGCAUAAAAGUUUCAAUAAAGUCAUGAAAAAUAGUAUUCAUUACCCUCUGGUAGGUCGCGCCAGCGUUUUUCAAACCAAAUGGCAUGACCACCCACUCAUAUGUCCCUAAGGCACCAGGACAUCGAAAUGCUGUUUUCGACACAUCCUCCUUGGCAAUAAAAAUCUGGUUGUAGCCAGAGUAUCCAUCUAAAAGACUUAAGUAUUCAUGGCCUGCUGCUGAAUCUACCAUCAUUUCGGCUAUGGGCAUGUGAUAUUCAUCCUUGGGUGUGGCAGCAUUCAGAUCUCGAAAAUCUAUGCAGACCCUCAUCUUACCAUUCUUCUUGAUCACUAGGACUACAUUGGCUAGCCACUCAACAUAUCUGGCCGCUCUGAUGAACUUGGCACCUUAGCAAUCUUUCGAUUUCCUCCUUGAUCUUUACUAGAACGUCUGGGUGGAAUCUCCUGGGCAGUUGCUUUACUGGCUUCCUGUCUUCUCUGAUUGGCAGUUGUAAUUCCACCAAGUCUCGACUCAAACCAGGCAUCUCAUCGUAGUCCCAAGCAAAACAAUCUCUGAAUUCUUUCAACAACUCGAUCAUCCUACCUUUAAGCUCUAGGUUUAUCAAGGAACUUAUAUAGGUCGGCCUUUUCUUCGAGCCAUCUCCCAAAUCUACUUCCUCCAAAGGGUCUUGAGCCUCCAUUUUCGUGGCAUCUACUAAAGGUUUUUCGAACCCCAACAGACCAUCAUCAUAAAUGCAAUCCAACCUCAAAUCGCACAUGUCCUCUUUGGCCUCUUCGCUUGGCUCGUUUCCACAUACGCCGUCUUUUUUUUCAUUCCGAGAUAGCAUCUCGGUAGGUGAAACUGUAACUUUAAACUUUACUUUCAUGGCCAUAUUGUUAGCCAUUUUGUCGGCCUCUAGAGCCGUUUUCAUCCUGUUUUCGGCUGCGUAAGCCGAAAUUCGAGCCAAGCUCGAAUUAAUCAUUAUUGUGCGGUGUUGCCACAUUGGUGGCAGCCUCAUUACUUGCCACUUCUUUAGCGGCAAAUUCUUCUUCGUCACUGUGCCAUCCACUCAUAGCAUCCACCUUGCAUGAUUCAUUGAGGUGCAAUCCUCGAAUUGGAUCUAGGGUCACUGAGUACUCUGAGUAAGGGUUGAAAUACUGAUUGGCCACUGUGUCAAGUGGGGCAAUUGUAGCCAAACUCUUCUCAAAAUUCUUCUUGUCGACAUAGCCUGCUUCCGCCAAAUAGUAACUUUGGUCAGCUUGCACAUUCUCGACAACUUCGUCUGCUUUCCAUAUGGAGAUUCUCUGAUGUAGGGUAGAAGGCACUGCCCCUACUCCAUGGAUCCAUUCUCUGCCCAAUAAAAGGUUGUAGUUGGCCUUUGAAGGCACUACAAUGAACAAGGUCGAUCUUCUCACUGUCCCUACUGUUAUAUUCAGCAUGAUAGCACCCAUGGAGGUGCUGGUUUCGCCUUCAUAGUCUGAUAAAACCAUGUCAUGGGGAAUCAAAUCUGUCUCUGUCUUGCCCAACCUCUUCAUCAUGAACCUGGGCAUCAGGUUGAUUGCAGCAGCACCGUCGACAAGUAUCUUAUUGACUCCUUUGUCUUCCACUUUGGCCCACACAAACAGUGGCUUCAAGUGACUCUUCAUGUGCUCUGAAGGCCUUUGGAAAAUGGCCUUGUCGUCUUCGACAGCUUCUCUCUGCAUGACAUAAUAGCAUAACCGGUUAUCAUCUGCCUCUUCAUCGACAUAGUAGUCCUCGUCGCCUUCAAUGACCUCUGAGACUCGGUCGAAAUCAGCCGGGAGUAUGGACACUAUGAAAAUAAUGUUGAGGUCUUCCCCAUCACUUUCGUCGAAGUCCUCUAGCAUGUCUUCGUCUUCAUAUUCAUCCCCAGCAGCCACCUUUGCCUUCUCUUGAAUGGGGUUUGGCAGGGUCAUCCCUUGCUUGAUGGCCUGGUCCAGAUGAUUGAUGAUAGAUGCCACGCUUGACUUGUUUUCGGAGGCAUCUGCAGGCUUGAUAUCUCACAGGGAUCGAAAUUUACCACCCCUUUCUCGCUCCGCCUUCUUUUUCCUUAAGAAGCGUCGGAAUUGGGUCCCGGUCAUCUGUGUUGGCCCAUAGUAGUAUCUCGAGCCAUAGGAAUAGUUUCUUGACACCUGAGAAUUGUUAACGUAUGAAGAUCCUUGGCCCAAGUCGAUUUUCUGUCAUUUCUGCCUUGGCUUCGGUUUAGGUGGUGUUGACCAGAACCAUUGGUUUUUUGGCACCUCAGCAUUGGGGAGAUAGGUUUUGCUCUUCCCUUUUCGAUCUUGAUCCAUAUGGGUGGCAACCUCUUCAUGAGGGAAAGGCAAUCUUCUGGCCACAGGUGCUUUUUGUUGUUGAUAAUGUCUCUUCAUUUCAUAGUCUUGGUAAGCCUUGGCUGCUGACUUAUCGAAAACAGCGCUGCAUCUAGGGCACAACAUGACUUCCUUUUCUCCAUCUUGGCUUCGAGACAGGAACUCGACAAGAGUUUCUCCAGCUUUGGGGUAAACCUCUUCUAAGCUAACUUCUUCAACUGGUGCUUCAACUGCCACUUUUUUUGUCUCUGUUUCUUCCAGAAUCAAGCCUGAGUCGAGCUUCUCAGUGAUAUCUACCAUGCAAAUGUAGAGGGGCUCCACAUAGUUGGCUUCAGCUUUCUGGAGUGGAUCUGAGUCGACUUUCGCUUGGCCUUUAGUCUUCUCGCCAUACUUGAGCCUGCUAGAAUCUAGUGCUCCUUGAACAAGGUCCCUGAAACGAACACACAGUGAGGUCCAAUGGCCAAAAAAGUUAUGAUACUUACAGUAUUUUUUGCCCUUCUUCUGUUCAGGAGAAGGCAAUUUUUUGUCUUUAGGGACCACAAUUAAACCAUCAGAGACAAGUAUGUCGUAAAUUGCAUCACAUUUGGUAACAUCAAAAGUAUAAGUUUUGACAGUAGGAAUACUGUCUUUGGGAGAUUCUUCUCCCAACUUGUUUUCAUAAGGCUUUAAUGCCUUACACACAUAAGGAUCUCCUGGCUAGAGCUCAGCCAGAUUGAUGUCAUUAAUGUCGACUUCGGGGGUGACCUCGUGGCAGUUGUACUGUGUUGGACACACCAGCUCUGUAUCUAUGUAGGCCACUUUCUCUUUUUUAGGCCAUUUGUGAGUUGUCUUAGCUCUUUCAUCGUUUUUCUCUGCUUUAAGUAAUUCGACAUGCCUUACUCUAUCAGCGAGCUGAGACAUAUCUCUAAUAUACUGCGUGUCGAGUUUCUUUCUAAUCGAAUACUCUAAACCACCUGCAGCCAAAACAACCAACUCAUGUUCUGGGACAUGAGUAAAACAUCGAGAUUUUAACAUCCUGAAUCUAUUUAGAUAGUCAUCAAUAGAUUCGACAUUCUUUCUUUUGACACUGACCAGAUCCUUUAGUCUCACUUUGCACUCCCCUCUGAAGAACUGCUCAUGGAAAAUCCUUUCCAAUUGUGUCCAAGUGUGGACUGACCUAGGAGCAAGGGUUGUGAACCAUGUGAUAAGCGCAUAAUUGAUACACUUUACGUGUGUCUUUCUAAGCUUCAUUAUAUACAUUUUUGUGCUUAAUUGUUAUGACUUAGUCAUGUUUUGACCAUUAGUGUUUAUUUGGAUUAUUCAUGGAAAAGAGCUUAAUUCUACACUUUUAGUUUUUAUGAUUGUUUUGCUAGAACAGAUUGAAUAUGGAGCUAGAAAUGUCUAAAUAAGGCUCAUAAUAUGUCGUUGGAAAGCUAACUCGAAGCCCUACAACUUUCAUGUUUAGCACAGUUUGAGAAUCAACCUCUAACUUGGUCAUAAUUUCCUU